CAGCAGCAACAACCAGAAGAUUUACCACAGCGACCAGAAAGUAAGCAACACUUAAAGCCAAAUAAACUCAUUGAAGAAGCCAAUCAUGACGACAACUUCCAUAAACUUCUAGACAAAAGUAAGAAUAUUAAAACUGAGGUUCACGAGGCUCUCCAAAGUUGCUCGUGGCUUAGUGGGAAGUAUGGAAUAGCUCGCCCAGACAUGAAGAUGCCGUUUCCUCAUUUGUAUGUCACAGUUGAUUUUGAGAAAGAAAAUUCGGAGGACGCUAUCAAAAAUGAGAUCGAUGAAAAGUUAAAAUGGAAAGCAUCGAAAUACAUCGAAUUACGAUAUAAAGCAUUGAAAGAAGCAAAGUUUCGAAUGCUGUCUAAUAUUGAAGCGCAAAGAACCGAGAGUAGUUCUGGAACAUUGACAAUGUUCUGCCUUAAGAAUGAUAUGUACUAUGCCUUGACCUGUGCUCAUGCGGGUGUUGUCAAUUAUUUGGAUGAACGUCAAGAACGGUAUAGUGACGGAGACCAAUUUGUGGAAAUCCAAGAAUCUUAUAUUGUCCCAGUUAAAGAAGACAGCAUGGAAUACUUUUACAACGGACAACCGAUUGUCCCUGUUCCGGACCAAACGAGAGUGGUGUCUAAUGAAGAAGUCGAUAUUAUGUACAUCGUCAUUGGUAGGGAGCUUGCUGUAAAUAAUCAGAUGACUCUCAAUUUAGAUUUGGAGGGGGCAAGCGAUGAGAUUUAUGAAAUAUUUUUUUAUUCUCCAAAUGAUGUCAGAGUUCGUACAGCAGACGCAAUACUUGGCGAUAUUUGCGAUCCGAAUUGGACGUAUUGUAGCCCGAAUUCGAAACAAGUUGUUUACCAGAAUGCGGUACUUGUUCAAAGUAGUAACCAAUCAAUUGAUUCCGGGGACUCUGGAGCCUUAGUGUAUUUUCUAAAUGAAGAAAAUAAUUGGAAACCGUUUGCAUAUCUUGUUGCCGAAUUUACAGAUUAUGAUCCUGUUUCCUCCAGACCAAGGAAAAAUUACAUCUGCUUGAAAUUGGACAAGGCUUUGAAUGCACUGAAUCUUGACGACGCUGAAUACUUCACAGAUUACGAAAGCAACCUGGUGCAUCAACCUGACGAAGGUCAGAAUUAAGUGAGCUUAUUAGAAGAGUCUCAAAAAAUUACAAAUCCUCGACGUUAAGGAAAAAACCUAACAAUUAAAAUGAUAAUAAUACUCUUUGUUAACCAAUGUAGCCCCUAUAUCGAAAACUAUAUUACUAUAUAGUUGAAUACUAUAUAACUAUAUUACUAAUAUAUACUUGUAGCCCCUAUAGCGAUAACUUCAUUUAUUUACUUUCCUCUGUAGAUUUUUAAACAUCUAGAUUUGAUGAGUGAGUCAAAACAGAUGUAUAUUACAUACUGCACGUUUUUAUUCAUUUACAUUGUCAUGUAGUUACUCUUACUAUAAAAACAUUUAAUAAGUAUUUGCCAUU